CCCAGAGCUUAGUCCUCUCCUGCCUUUCCACAAGCCUGUGCGUAAUGGUAGAGCAGAGAAUGAACUCUCUUGUGAAAUGGGCGCUUAUCCUCUUCGUCCUGGUCUCCAUCAUUCUCAACAUAGUUCUGAUCGGGAUCCACUCCAGCAGGGCGCCCAAAUGUUCCGCUCAGCGUGUCCAGCCGCUGCGGGUCAAGCACGACGAGCGCAGCGUCGUGUUCGCUGACCUCACUCGGGAGGAGUACCUGCAGGUCCAACAGUACAUGCUCAAGCAAAAAGAAUUGGAUAUAUCCACCAGCCAGCUCACUAAACCAGGGGAAAACUUCUUGUUUUUAAUAGACUUAUCUUUGCCAAAGAAAGGGGACGCGCUGGCAUUCUUGGACGGUAAAGCUGCCAAGCCGGCCAGAGAGGCGACGGUGGUAGUCUUUCAUGGUGCGCAAGGCUACAUUAAGGAGUACGUAGUGGGACCUCUUCCAAACCCAACAUACAUCAAUGAUGUCACCAAAGAGAGGUACAAGAUGGAGCUGCCUAUCACUGCGCGCACCGUCACAAUUGGAGAAUACGCAUUGCUUUUCAACUUUUUUGAGCAACAUGUUUUCUCCAAACUUAAGAAGCUCAUGAAAGAAAGCUUUGACGUAGGGGCAGACAAACAGUUGAAUGCGUUUGAGCAGAUGCCUCGUGGCGUCCAAUCCGGGGACAGAAAGACCUGGCUUUCUUUCUUCAGAGAUAUGAGCGGCAUGUACAUCCACCCGGCUGGCUUCGAGGUACAGGUCAACCACGAGAGCCUAAACGCUUCCAACUGGAAAGUGGAGCGGCUGCUUUAUAACGGCCAAUACUUUGACACUGUAGAAGAACUAAAGCAGAAAUAUGAAGCUGGGUCUGUAAAGAAAAUCGUUUACAAGGAGUCAGCUGACUAUGGGUCACUGAAACCAAAGCACAAGCAUCAGCAGGUCGGUCCGCAGCUGUUUACCGUGGAUGGUAAACGCUACAGCAUCAGCAACAACCACGUUGUGUAUCUGGACUGGAGCUUUGCCUUUGGGCUGAGCUCACUUACAGGCGCGAGGGUUUUUGAUGUGCGCUUCAGGGGUGAGAGGAUCGUCUACGAACUGAGCGUGCAAGAGGCCAUGUCUGUGUACGGUUCAGUGACUCCUGGGAUGAUGAUGACGAAGUUUUUAGACACCAGCUUCGGGAUAGGGCGCUUUGCCCACGAACUAACCCGUGGUGUGGACUGCCCCUACGACGCCACCUACAUCGACACGUACCGCUAUAUCGAUGUCCCAGCCCCGGUCAGAUACCGUAAUUCAAUAUGCGUCUUUGAACACAAUAUGGGCCAGCCCUUACGGAGGCACUUCGCUGACUUUUUCCACAACAACUACGGGGGGAUGGUUAACAACGCCUUGGUGUUCAGGACAAUCACAGCAAUAGAGAACUAUGACUACAUGUGGGAUUUUAUCUUCUACCAGAGCGGAUCAGUGGAAGCCAAGGUGCAUGCCACCGGCUACAUUUCUUCUUCUUACCUGAUGGACGGUAGUCUGAAAUAUGGACACCAGGUGGCGGAUAAGGUGCUUGGGAACAUUCACACUCACUUUAUAAACUUCAAGGUUGAUCUGGAUGUGAUGGGUCUUAAGAAUGUUUUCCAGACCAAAGAUAUGGAAUAUGUCAACAUGUCUCUUCCAUGGAUGCCUGAUCACUACGCUAUGGUCCCUCAGCUUGUGGAGAAACAACUGAAAACAGAAAAGGAAGCUGCUCUGCGUUAUAACACCAAGACUCCACGCUACCUCCACAUUGCCAGCAACCAGACCAAUCGAUGGGGUCACAAUCGCUCCUACAGGCUGCAGGUGUUCAGCUUCACCGGGGACCACCUCCCAGAGAGCCAGGCAGAAGAGAAGUCCAUGUCCUGGGCCAGAUAUAAGGUUGCCAUCACCAAGCACAAGGAUUUAGAACGGACCAGCUCUAGUUUGUACAGUCAAAAUAACAUGUGGACUCCAGCUGUGGACUUCAGCAAGUACAUUGAAGACAAUGAAAACAUUGAAAACGAGGAUCUGGUUGCCUGGGUGACCACCGGUUUUCUCCACAUCCCCCAUGCAGAGGACAUCCCCAACACACUCACAGUGGGCAACGGGGGAGGGGUCAUUCUGCGGCCACACAACUACUUUGAUGAGGAUCCUUCCAUCCACUCUGCUGAUGGGGUGUACAUUGAACCAGGCACUGAAGACAGCUGUGAAAACAACAGGAUGGCCUGCCUUGCUCAAGAGGCAUGCAGUCCUGUUCUGGAACCCUUCACCUACCAUGGCUUCGAAGGAGUCAUGAAGUUUGAGGAUUAGGUCUGAUCUACUGUGCUGCAAGGUAAUAACUGCAGAACACUGAAAUGCAGCAAUGUGUUUAUUCACUUAUUCCUCUUUCACAACAAAUAAAGAGGGAGUAGAUGAAGAUAUUGUUUCUAAAAACUCUGACACAAUCUUUAUUAGUGGUGUUGAUGAAAAUGAAAUACUUGACAUCAUGAAUAAAUUUAAAAACAAAAAGUCCACUGAUUGCUCUAAUAUUGAUAUGUCGCUUGUUAAAAACAUUAUUGAAUGUAUUGUUAAGCCAUUGACACAUAUCUGCAAUCAAUCCCUCCAAACAGGUAUAUUUCCCAACAAAAUGAAAACAGCAAAAGUCAUUCCUAUCUACAAAAAUGGAGAUAGACAUACAUUUUCCAAUUAUAGACCAAUCUCUCUGCUUUCCCAGUUCUCAAAAAUUUUAGAAACAAAGACUCGACAAUUUCAUUGAAAAACACAACUUAUUGAGCGACCAUCAAUAUGGAUUUAGAACAAACAGGUCCACUUCCAUGGCAGUGAUAGAACUGGCAGAAGAGAUAUCUUCUGCAAUUGACAAUAAGGAAUAUAGUGUGGGGGUAUUUAUAGAUUUAAAAAAAGCAUUUGACACAAUUGAUCAUGAAUUAUUAUUGAAAAAACUAGAGAGAUAUUGUGUUAGAGGAACAGCACAUGCAUGGUUAAAAAGUUACCUCAACAAUAGAUAUCAGUAUGUUCAAAUAAAAAAAUGUAGAUUCAGAUAUGUUGAAAGUUACCUGCGGGGUUCCACAAGGUUCGGUGCUAGGCCCCAAACUGUUUAUACUGUACAUAAAUGAUAUCUGUCGAGUGUCUAAAUUGUUAAAAUUUGUUUUGUUUGCUGAUGACACUAAUUUGUAUUGCUCCGUGAAUAGCUUGGACCAGCUGCUCAAGACAGUGGAAAGAGAAAUGAACAUUAAGAAAAGAACAUUAAGAAAUGGUUUGACAUCAACAAAGUUGUCACUGAAUGUAAGUAAAACAAAGUUCAUAGUAUUUGGUAAUAGGCAAAUCAAAAAGCAAGUAAAAAUGAUGAUUGAUGAUGUUGAGAUAGAAAGAGUGUAUGAGAAUAAAUUUCUGGGGGUGAUAAUUGUGUUGGAAACCACACAUUAAUAAUGUAAAAACAAAAAUGUCUAAAACCAUUGCAAUAUUAUGUAAAACUAAAGAAUUCCUGAAUCAAAACUCACUGUAUAUAUUGUAUUGUGCACUCCUGGUUCCAUACAUUACCUACUGCGUGGAGGUAUGGGGAAACACAUACAAAACCAACAUUAAUCCCAUUUCCAUGCCACAGAAAAAAGCUAUAAGAAUUGUAAAUAGAUCUGAUUAUUACAAACCAACUAACGCACUAUUUAUUAACAUACACGCUUUGAAAUUCAGCGAUCUAGUAGAUCUAAAAACUGCCCAGAUAAUGUACAAGGCAUAAAAUCAUUUGCUUCCCAACCGUAUUCAGAGGUUUUUUGAAACUAGAGAGAGCCGGUAUGAACUAAGGGGAAUAGGUGUGUAUAAAAAACCAAAGGUAAGGACAAACAUAAAGAACAGGUGUAUUUCGGUAAAAGGGGUUAACUUGUGGAAUACUUAUGCCAUGGAAUUAAAAAUGUGUAGUUCACUUUCCAGAUUUCAAUUUUUGUUUAGAAAAAUGGUGUUUAACAAAUAUAAAAGGUUGGUUUGAUUAUUUUUUUUGAGUGUGACUUCUGUUUUGUUUUUUGUUUGUUUCAUUUGUUUUGUUUUGAAAUAAAUUCUUGGAACAAAUUUUGUUCUGAUAUGUUUUGUUUUUUGUAACCACACUAGUAGUGUCUUAAAUAAUGAGAUU